CAAUCGUCUCAGACAUUCCCAAUAGCCGCGGUCAAUAGGCGGUUUUUAAUAUUGAUUCUUCAUUUGUUUUUCGUUUCUACUUUGCUUUGUGGAAAUUAUGUCAUUGUUGCGCGCUUUAGCUGUCAACUCGCUCUUAUCAUUUGCGUUUCUGUUUUGCUUCGUGUACUGUGUACAUUUCGAAAAAUAUUGGACAACAACAACCACCACCGUCAAGCCGUGGCACAUACGCCAGCCGGGCCUAUCACUGCCGCUGCCCAAUAGUCACCCGUCCAAGUGUUCGCGUGAAGUGCCCGCGGUAUUCUUCCAGUUCGAGAAGGACGUGCAAGUGGUGGGCAACAGUACAAACAGUAUUUAUUUCAAUGUCAUAGAGGAGUGCUGCAAGGGUUAUAAGCGCUAUGACUUCGACUGGAAUCGGUGCGUGCCGGAUUGCGGCAACAAAUGUCUGGCCAAUGGUUUUUGCUUGGAUGGCGGCAUUUGCAAAUGUUUUGACGAAUUCGUGCAGAAUCAUCGCAAUGUCUGCAUACCGACUUGUCCGCUUGGCUGUCCGCAUGGUCAGUGUUACCUGAAUGGCACGUGUAUUUGCGAGGCAGGCUACGAGUUGGAUCCGACACGAAAGUAUUGCAUGCCGCGCUGUGAAGCCAGUUGUGCGCGCAAUGAGAUCUGCGUCGAGCCGAAUAAGUGCGAUUGUGCCGAGGGAUAUACGCGAGCGCUGCCACCCAGCACUAUGGGCUGUCAACCCAUUUGCAUACCAGAUUGUGGUUUUGGGCACUGCGUGGCGCCAAAUGAGUGCGAGUGCUUCCGUGGCUAUCAAAAGCGUGAGAACCGCACCUCUUGUGAGAGUAACUGUUAUAUGCGCUGCGAGAAUGGCUUCUGUGUGAAUCACACCACCUGUAUUUGCCAGAACGGUUACCGCUACGAUCAAAAUACGAGCUCUUGCCUGCCCAUUUGUAGCGAAGACUGCGAAAACGGCAUCUGCAUCUCGCCUGGCGUAUGCCGUUGCUUCAAUGGUUAUGUGCGUCGCGGUCCAAAGUGCGAUGGUGUGUGCGAGGAAGGCUGCGGCUUUUAUGGCAAAUGCAUAGCACCGAACGUUUGCGGUUGUUCUCUUGUUGAGGGUCCCGUACGCAACUUUCAACGCUGUGCGCAUGGAAACUGCAAUUCCAAAGGUCGCUGUCGCUGCAAGGAGGGCUUCGUACGUUUCAUCGAUCAGUGCAUGGAGCCGGAUAAGGUGACCACUUAUGCAUCUAUGCGGCCCAGCCGACUGAAUCAGACACUGCUGCUGGAGUUCAAUAUGCUGAUCGGCAGGCAUUUCAUGUUUCCUUUUCAAAUUCCGCCCGUCUAUUGAGAGAUAUACUUUGUAAAGGGUUUAUGUAAAAUAUAAAAUGUAUAGCUAUUUUCUUAUUCCAAAUUCAAAA